CUCUUCUCGCCCAAUCUAGAUUGAAUAUAAUAAUACAUCAAGCCAGGGGGACAAAGCUAGCUGAGCUCGUGCGAGAGAUGCCAGAACUGGCAGAAGCCUGGCAGGAUGAGCGGCCCCCCGGCUAUGCGGCCCUCCCUGAUGCGCGUGUUCCAGGUGGGGCUGUGCCUGGUGAUCAUCAUCUACCCGCUGAGCUUGGCAUACCGCUCGCGAUCGUCAAAGGGAAACGAGGUGACAGAGGUUGAGGUAAGAUCAGACGCAGGGCAAAGUUUUGUCCCGGUUGGAGCUGGAGUCAAUGUGACGUCAAACCCUGCAGCUCAGAGGGAGGUGACGGCAGCAGAGGCCGCAGCUGACGAGCUGAAGGUGGAGGGGUUGGGGCGAGAAGCGGCGAAAGGGGAUGUGGAAGAAACCCCUUUGGUGGAAGAGGUGAUAGAGGACCAGGAGAUAGACAGAGUUCAGCUAGAGGAAGAUAAGGAGACGGAAGUACUGGAAGCAGUGAUUGAGGAAAGUGCAGGGGCAGUAAUAAAUGCCACGAGUGUCCCCAAUGAGAGUGAGACCAAUCAGACUGAGACUAAUGCAACUGAGCAAGAGAUAGUUUCUCCUUUGAGCGACGGUGCACCAAUUAGCAAUGCCUCCAAGAUAGUGGAUCAGAUCUACGUUGUGAACAUCCCGCGGUGCGUCACCCGAUGGAAGUGGGUGCAGAGCGUUGCUGACAGUCUGGGGCUGCCAGUGCUGAGGUGGGAGGCGACAUCGUGGCAGGACAUUGACUUCCAGAACCCGCCGCUGCCCCUGGAGAUCGAUUGGUCAACACAGGCUGGGAACACGCUGAAGGCUGGUGAGCUGGGGUGUCUCUGGUCCCAUGUGCGGCUCUGGCGGCAUGCCUACGAGAACAACCAUCAAAGAAUCAUAAUCUUUGAGGACGAUGUGUUCCUCAAUGAGACGGCGCUUCCUCUCUUGGAGGGCUUCUUCAGGGAUGCGGAUUUGGGUGCAGAGAUGCGCAACCAGUCGUGGCAUUACAUGUACCUGCGGCGGUGGCCUCUUAUGCACAUAGCGGACGAGCAGGCCUGGAUUGAGAACCAGACCUCCGGUCGGGUGCUGACCAUUGCGCACCCCAGUUGGGGAACGGCUGCCUACGCCCUUAGUAGGGCCGGUAUAGAGUGGUUAGUGAACGCGAUUGACAAGUACUAUAGGCCGUUGGACGUCCAGGUAGCGAAGUUUCAGGAGAAUUAUGAGUCGACCAAGUUUAUAGCACUGAGCGCCUGUGAUCGCGAUCACUUCCAGGUGCUGUGCCCGGAGAACGUGCAAGUUAUUCCUGACACGAUGCAGGGAGAGUGCGGUGGGUCGAUGAGUCAGUCGGGGGGCGGGUUAGCCGGGCCUAUUCGGACAUUGCUAAGAUACCUAAGGCGACUAACAGGGAUUGAAACAGAUUUGGAAACAAGUUUGAGGCGUAGGUUGUACUAAUCUGCUUACGAAGAGCCCCUUUGAUCGUCAUGGGGAUGUAGUUGAGAGAGUGUUUGUAAGUGACUCGAAUUAACUGUUGAAUCCCGCUUUGAGAAUAGUGAAUUAAUGCAGAUCUGUAGUCACGUGUACGGAUGACCUUCACCGUGCUGUUCCCUUCUCAAGUUCGAAACGCUCGUGGCACCGCCCGGUGACCAUAGGCCGCAUGUGGUCCGGACUCGACGUAGC